GCCCGCCUCUCCGCUCUCUCUCUCCGCUGUUGUUGCAGCCAUUUUACCGCGGAGCAGCUGCUGGAGAUGCCGAGGCAGCAGCUCCAUUAACAGGUCUAGAAACAUGGCUGACGCACCUCAAGGUCCGGCGGUCCGCCGGCCGCUGGAGUUCGCCAACGAGGAGCGGCGGGCCGUGCACUCCUGGUCCCGGAUCUCGUCGGCCGGACACAACGUCCUGCUGGACGCCCUGAAGAUCCUCAGCCCCAUGUCCCGCGACCUGAAGAGCACGGAGGAGCUGGUGACCUUCCUGCAGGAGCUGAGCGAGGAGGGCCACCAGCCCGUGGUGCUGGGCAGCAAGGACGUGUACGGAUACCGCUCCUGCACCAGCCAGCCGCUCACGCAGGACAUGCUGAAGGCUAACAACCGCGGCGUGGGCCGCCCCACGGCCAAGAAGAGGAAGAAGAAGCCGCUGGUGAAGAAGCGUGAGGUGCACCCGUCCUGGAGCACGAACGACCGGAGCAGCCCCCGGAUCCAGGGGCCCCGGCCCCCGGAGCUGUUCCCCGACCACCACGUCCGCGCCGUCGUGUGCAGCCGGACGCCGUUCUACCGCACGGCGGAGGUGCUGGCGGCGGACGCGGCGCCGUGCUUGCGGCUGACCAACAUCCAGGGCCUGUCGGGCUUCCACACGGCCCGGCUGCAGAUCAGCCCCAUCAGAGACCUGUCCUCCGGGGAGGCCCCGCCCCCGGGCUUCCCCCCGCAGCAGCAGCUCCCGCCCGCUCUCUCAGGGAUCCCCCCCCAGCCCUCCCAGAACGGGGGGGCGGCGCCCGCCGGCGCCGUGGCCUUGUUCAGCCAGAAGAGCCUGUCCUGCCCGGCGCGGCUGCUGGACGGCGCCCUCAUCGGGGACUCCGCCCCGGCCUUCUACGCCAACAACAACGGCCGGGCGUUCCCACAGACUCACACCGAGCUGGGCAGCAACGGCUGCUGGGCCGGCAACGGCAACGGCUUCCACUGGGACGUCCGGCCGCCGGCCGCCCGGCCCCGGAACGGCUGGAAGGACAAGAAGGGCGUCCGGCAGAAGGUGAUCAAGGUGGACGAGUCGCGCUCGGUGGCCGAGGCCUGCAGGAAGGCGCAGAAGAUCCUGCAGGUCAACCUGUGCCCCGUCAUCCAGAUCCAGCCGCUCAACCACGUGCUGAGAGACUUCCGGUUCCAGAAGAAGUGACUCCUUCCUCCUUCCGGAGAAACCACGAAAAGACAAAACCACAAAACUCCGACUGUUUGUUUAGCAGAUGUUAGUGUUUUACAUUCAUUAGCCCUCCCCGGCGCUGGUCUUUCCUCCGGGAGGAGACGCCGGGCCGGCGGCUGGAGCUCCUCCACCCGCCGCUCGUCUUGUUGGGAAACCUGGGCGUCGUCUGCGUACGAGCAGACGAACGCACCACAAAGUUACGUAGAGACAAACGGACGGAGCCCCAGCACCGAGCCCUGGGGAAUCCCGGGCUCCGGGAGGAGCCGGAGGUUUAGGAGCUGCUUUUCCUAGCGGGCUGGGAAAGUCUACCAGCCGACGCUGGUUCGCCUUCUCCGACGCUCCGUCGUCCUUCAACCAAACGUAGUUUUGCUUUGAGUCGUCCGGUUCCUCGGCGGCGCGGGUCUUCCCCCCGCCGACACGGGGGGUUCCCGGCGUUUUUGAGUAUUUAAUGAACUCUCAAACUAACGUGCAGCGUGUCGGAUACGGAGGCGACACCGGGCUGCAGCGCGUUUCCAGCAACAGAAGAAGAAAUGAGGCGUCCCGUUUCCAGCAGAACGGAGACAUUUGGUUUUUCUCUUAAUAUUAUUAUUAUAAUUAUUAUUAUUAUUAUUUUUAUUUUCCUCCAUCAGAAGGGAUGGAGGUUGGAGAGAGAGCAGCGCAGGGACCAACAGGUCGGGGAGAGUAUCGGGCGUUUAGAAACGAGAUCCAGGACUUUUUAGUUUCCAAACUCGUCCGACAUCGACACGUGUCGGGAAAUUAUUCUAAUUUUUUCUCCGUUAAGAUGAAUUUCUAACGUCUGCAGAAGCUGACGACGUUUCUCUGAGUUUCUCGACCUCCUCAGAUCCGGCGGCGGCGGCUUCGUCGUAGCGUCGACCCGGAAACUGGACGACGUAGUCGCAACAUUUCAAAAGAAAAAUCCAUCAGAGCUGCAGUCCCACGGGAACGACCCGGUUAGCAGCAGUUUAGCAGGAUGUUAGCUGCGCUUUAGCACGAGGCUAGCUACGCUUUAGUGCAAGGCUAGCUGCGCUUUAGCGAGAUGUUAGCUACAGUUUAGUGGGAGUUUAGCUGCGCUUUGGCACGAGGCUAGAUGCGCUGUAGCGCAUGGCUAGCUGCGCUUUAGCAAGAUGUUAGUUACAGUUUAGCAUAAGGCUAGCUGCGCUUUAGUGCAAGGCUAGCUGCGCUUUAGUGCAAGGCUAGCUGCGCUUUAGCGAGAUGUUAGCUGCAGUUUAGUGGGAGUUUAGCUGCGCUUUAGCUGGUGGCUAGCAGCAGUUUAUCUGGAGGUUAGCUACAGUUUAGCAGAACGUUAGCUGCAGUUUAGCACAAGACUAGCAGCAGUUUAGCGGGAUGUUAGUUACAGUUUAGCAUAAGGCUAGCUGCGCUUUAGCACAAGGUUAGCUAUGCUUUAGCGGGAGGCUAGCAGCAGUAAGCAGGAGGUUAGCUACAGUUUAGCACGAGGCUAGCAGCAGUUUAGCAGGAGGUUAGUUACAGUUUAGCAGGUUAGUUACAGUUUGGCUGCUAAACCGCCGCCGCGGUUCCGUCCCCGUGGGACUGGACCUCGGUCUUCGCGGGGCCGGCCCCCCCGGCGCCGUCACGUCCUCGUUUAAGGGCGUUAACUUCUUGUUGGGGAGAAUGUAGCGUAAACCUCGGUUUGUUAAAAACGCUCGUUAACGGUCCAUCGUCUCGGCAGCUCUGGCGACGCUUUUGAUUUGUUGAACGAAGGAACAGAAAAGUCUCCGCUAGCUCGAGGCCCGUUAGCUCAGCUGUUGUUUUUUUUCAGAAUAGUUUGCUGAAAGUUCUGCUGGAGUUCUGGAGGAGACGCGUCACGGUUCGGUGCUGAUUGGUUGUUUUCAUGUCGGCUUCUGGGCCGAGAUGUUCUCCGUCUCCAAACGGCGGCGGCGUUAGCGGCCGUGGCGUAAGCGGCCGCGGCGUUAGCGGCCGCGGCGUCAGCGGCGGCGUGGGACUUGUUUCCGGUCAACCUGACGUUUGGACGGACUGGUCUCGGCCCCGCCCGGUCUCUCGUUCACGCCCUUUUCUAGGCCUCUGUUGUCCUCGUUUGUCGACACUUGUAUGAUAUCGUAUUUCCUACAUGAUCUUUGAAACAUUUUUGUUCAAUAAAACUGACUUGAAAUA